GAGUUUCUUUACUGUGAAGUAUACCCAAAAAAAAAGGAAAGCUGAGAAUACUAUUCUAAUAUUUAUUCUUUACUUCAGUAUUAAGAGCUUUGAAAAUCCGAAUUAAUUCUGUCUGAUAUUAUUGCUGUAAUAUUACCGGGAAACAACGAUGAGACUGCCAUUUGUAAUAGUUAUUAUCCUCCUUCACAGCCAUCUUCUUCAGGCGCAAUUAUCCUCUCGCUUUCUCCUUCCUUCAGAAGAAAAAUUGUCAAUCCGCGUAGACGAAGUUGUGACGGUCAAUAAACGUGGAGGUGGUGCAGCUGGUGGGCACGGUGGUGGUCACAGUGGCGGCUCAGGAGGAAGAGCAUCGCGCGGCGGUGGUUCAAGAAAGUCACCUUAUACUGCUACAGCAGGUGUGAUCCCAGUGUACGCAGCUGGAGCUAUGAACCAUCACAAUAUCAACAGAAGUCACAAUCAUAAUGCUGGCACUACCCUCAACUGCAUUUGUUUUUCUUCCUUGCUUUUUAUCGUCUGCAGUAUGCUUAUUAUUGUAUGGGUCCAAAUUUGAACAAUCAACGACGAACGGCGAGGUCCUCGUAACCUAACGUCCUGCAGAGGACGACCUUAAGACAAACAAAGAGAUUGUAUGACCCCUGUAAUAAUAUAGGCCCAUUGGGGAACAUUAAGAAUAUUCCUUUGAAUAUUCUUUAUAACUUGCCUUUUACGGCUUAGAAAGGUUUUACUCCAUAUAUAUAUAGUGAACAACAACUUUGUACAGGGGAGACUUCUGGAUUGAUUCAUAAUACUCGUUGCAAAUUUGCUUACAUAAACGAGUGAGAAGAUUCAUUGUAGGAGUUUCAUCGAUAUAUAUAAAAAAACAGUCUUGUUA